CCUCGGUUCCGCCAACUUCGGGUUUUUCAUCGUCAAGCGCGAACAGUAUGCAAUUUGUCUCGAUGCUGGAUGAAGGGACAAGUACCAUGGAACAACAUCCUCAAGAAGGAGGUGGAGGCGAGCUACAGUUUUUUUCUGCACAGUUUGGGGGAGGUGCAGGUGGAAACAACGCCAGCACGACUUCUUCUUCUUCGGGUCUUAAUUUUGUCAGUGCUCGUCAAUAUCUUGGCGAUCCCCCUUAUUUUACCACUACUGCUACUACCAGAGGGUACAACCAGCGCUCAGCCUCAGGUGGAGUCACUACCAUGAACAUGAACAACAGUUCUAACAACUACAACUAUUUUUCUUAAGGCUAAUUCUCCUAGUUCAUCUCCAGAAAGUACAUCUCCGAGGAACUGUACUAUGUAUAAGCAUAAGGGGAUACAGAUCCGAGAUGACUUUCAAAAUGGGAGAUUAGGGUCGUAAGCUCUAAUUUUCUACGAAGUCUGGGUACCAGGAAUAUGGCUCUUAUUCGGUAGAAGGCGCGUUCGACCUCCGUAGUUCGCACCUACUCCAACGGCCAUCAGAGUUUCUGUUUCUCAAGUAUGGACACUUACUACGCUCUCAUCCCAGCAAUGUAUUGCCACCGUAUUUACUGCCAAGGAGUGAUGGUCAUGUUGCAGUAGGAGGUGCAACUGGCGCCACUACGACUUCCACGGAAGUAGCUUCUUCUUCUAGUUCAUCAAAGCAGGUUGCAGACCACACCCACAACGCACUAGUUGAUGUAGGCGAUGAAACAACCACAAGUAGUCAGCAAAUGGAGAACAUUCUUGCGCCCGCUGCCCUCCGUAGGGGUUUGGCGUAUGUUCAGUCGCGAGCUCACGCCCUAAAAGCUUUCCCCGGGUUGUUCGCGCCGAUGAAGAACACCAAUUUUAACGCUUCUGGUAGCACUGGUGGAGGAACUGGUGGCUUCUUGUCUACGCCCAGUACUAGUACUACAACAACAACUCAAAACAUCAUUGCUAGUGCUACAACUCCAACAACAGGAGGAACUACAAGAGCAGUACAACUGGAUCAAGUAGUAGCAGAUCAAGUAGUUGUAGCGGAGCCCAGGCAUGUGGACCGGAUUCUCUUUGAGAUUGAAUCGCUUUACAUUGAAAGCGUGGAUGUGGAAAUAUUGUCCUCCCCACAUUCAGAGCAGUCAUCGUCUAGUUCUAGAAAAGCAUCGUCGACGAUGGGGCUGCAAAACAAGGAACAUCUGCAAGCACACCAAGAUGACCUCCACAACAUGGAAAACUUGCUUGAUGAAGAUGAUUCACCGGACGAAUUUGCAUUCACGUCCUCCACUAAGGGGAAGAAGAAGCAGCAACAGGAGCAUGAAAGACAGCGAGUAGCGGAAAUCGUAGGAAAUUUGCGCAAUGUCAUCGCGAAAUUACCGGAAUUGUCGCGAAGUAAUGCGGGAUUUCAUUGGAACGGGAGGUACUCGAGACAACUCGUAAUCACGCUUUCAGAUGCCGCUUUUCUACAAAGAAGAGAGAGGGCUAAAACAGCGUUGACAAACGUCAAACACAAACUCUUUGGCUUUGGAACAACUGGAGGCUCUUCUAGUACUACUUCUGCUCUUACUGCUAGUAAAAAAGCUGCUACCACGACAUCAGCUACCACGACUAACACUGCUAUCUCUAGAGCAGGAUUCCUCCAACCAGCGCAACAACAUCCACACGCCCAUGCUGAAGAUGAAAGCAGUCCCAGCAAGCCCAGCAGAUUUCCCUUGUUUAGACAGCUUCAACAAGCCGCUUUCGGAGGCCAUGAGGAUAGUGACGAACGACAUCAGGGGUCUCCCAAGCACGAAGAUUCUGGGAUGCGGUUCAAAAAUAGUCUUAAACCAGGUGGAGGUACUUCAUCCUCCUCACAAGUCGUGGUGCCAAAAAGCAGCCGUCAGCAACUGAUUUUGCGUAUUCCCAUCCACAAUGGUGUUUGCCCUGACAAUAUCAUCUACGCUCUUGCAACCUGUUUGUCGGACUCUAUAUUAAGGCUAGUUAUUCCGAAAAAUUACAUCCCGCACUACCCUUGUCCUUUUGGCUCUUGUUUUUCUAGUUGAAAAAUGGCCAAGAGUGUAGUUGUUCUGAGGAAUGUAAAAAUGCAUUAAAUUACCUGCUCUAACUAGAGUAGGUGGAGGGAUCAAAGGUAAAGAUACUGGGGAUAUGAAAGGCACGAACGCACCGGCUUCGGCAUCUAGUACGCCUUCCAAGAAGAAUGUCCCCGAGCUGAUUACCAACCUCUACGGAGAAGACGCGGUCCCUUACGAGGACCGAGUAGGUGUGCUCCUUUUAAGGCUUCUGCUCGAGGAAAGGAAUCUUCAUCGUAGUUCCCUCCGCAGCAUCUUGUUCGUUCUUGGCCUUGCUUGUUUCUGUUUGUGAAGAAAGGAACAAAAGAGGUUUUGGCACCAAGAUGCUGCUCGCCAAGAUGUUGCAUUUCUGCAAGUAGUUCUAACUCUUGCGACGCGUGCGCUAUCUGCGAAGUAUUCUACUGGAGCUUAUCUGCGUUGGCUGUUAGAUGAAAAAUUGCGACGUACACGCGAAGUUCUUCAUGAGAAGUUGCUCUUGGCUCCGACACUCUUCGUUGCAAAUGUUAUGUGAAGAGUGUUUGUCAGUCUUAGUCAUCGAGAAACUACAAACUCUAAUGUUAUAUACCUUCAAGACCAAAGUGAAAGUUGAAAGACUCUCUUGCAGCGGCCUAUACACGAUUGGGCUCGAUGAGUAGAGUGAUGAUCUCCAACAAAAACAUACGACUUUUAAUCUCUACUUGUAAGUAGCCAGGCAGUCUAAGUCGUGUAGUCAUCGUGAAAUCAUAUCUCCUCUAAUCCUCGCAGCGCUCCAGCCUCUGGUCAAGACGAAGACACUGCCAAUAAAGACAACAAAAACGCCAGUGUCGACACCACUACCUUUAUUCGUGAAGUCGUUGUCUAUGAGUUAGAGCGUACGAAUCUGACCGAUUUUGGCUCUCCCUUUCUGCCUUGUGAGGUCCGCGAACAGUGGCGCUGGAUCGACGCGAAUGGCCGAAAGCAUCCAAAUAUCAGCAAAUACCUUUAAGGCCUCAUCCCCUAAUGAUCCAUCUUCAGUAGAGAAGUCAACCUAGGAGAGAGUCUGUUUUUCAAGGUGAAAAAGCACCCUCCAGGUGGAUGCACUAUCUUGAGAUGGAUCGAGGUGAAGUGGCACCCUCGUCCAGGAUGCACUCUCUUACCCAGGAUGCAUCUUGAGAUGGAUUAGGAUGAGCUCUAAUACCUCACUAGGCGAGAGAUUCAGCGAAGUUUGACCCCGCCUCUAGAUUUCGGCAAACUGUGGAUUCCAAGGACAGAGUGGCAAUACGUGGUAGAUUACUACGAGGACCUGGAGGCUCCAAAUUUACGGUUCAAUAGAUAAGUCAAUUGCACUAUUUCCCUAUUUCCUUCGUAGGAUUGGGAGAAAGGUUUAUGUACGAAAGAAAAGAAUUCGAAUUGAAAUUGUUCUUUAAAUGCCUCUGCUGCAUUGGGUUUACUACUACUACUUCUACUACUACCACUAGCUCUAAUAAAUGGCGUCGGAGGUACCACGGACCCGGAUGGCUGGCAAUAUGCGGCUCAUUUUGGCUCGAAUCUCUGGAGUCCGGUUGACACGUGGGAAGCCAUGUGCCGAAGGAGAAAAUGGUUGAGGGAGUAUGUGUAAGAACGACUUUGAAGGAUCUUUGAAUGACCUUGGUAUUUUGAUGUUCACAGUCACACCCAAAACCAAAUUAGAAGUACCUUGUUCACUUACUUGAAGAUGGGAACCCCAUAACUAACGAUCAACGACCCAAAAAAUAUUUAAGGAUGAAACUUGCUAUUACAGCAUUUGCGUUAUACCAUUUUUAGAACAUGUAGAUGGAUGUCAAAAAUAAGUCCUUGUCACGAUCACACAGUUAGCCUAACUUUCAACACCGAAUAGAACAACGUUUGUCAUUUCAUUUGUUAGUUUCACCUCUUUUCAACAAAUCUUAUCUUUUCCGAUGCUGUCAGAAUCCGAAGAUCUAACUUAGCCUUAACGAUAACGUAUCAACUAGACAAUAAUUUCUUCAGUAGAAAAAUACAACAGUUAGAGUUUCCUUUCCCAUGGCUAAUCAGUUUCCCAUUGCUAGAUUCUUCAAAGAAGCUUGAUCUGAGUCCUUUGUCAAGAUGUUGUAGCUGAACCAACCCAACAGGAACGAGAGCUUUUGUUAGUUUAUUUUGCUCUUCUCGUAGUCAUUAACCAAGACACAGUUGUCACAUUCAUCAACACAUACUCAACAUACCAUUUUCCCUUCGUAAAGGGACAAGGGACACGACAGCAAGUCUAAGUUAGCGACUGUCUCUAUCGUUGACAAUUAUAGUAUCGAAGACGCACAGAAUGAAAUGUAGUCGAGGUCGUGGCGUGCAC